AGGAGCCACACUCAAACUAUAAAGAUUCCGAGUAAAGAUUUUGCAAUAGACGCUUUCGGCGGUAUUAAAUCCUGACGAUAAAUAAAUUUCGAUAAUGGUAGAUCAUAAAGAAAACCACGAGGAAUUGACAGAUGCUGAGGCUGAAUUAUACGACAGACAAAUUCGCCUCUGGGGCUUGGAAUCACAGAAGCGUUUGCGGGCCGCAAAGAUCCUCUUAAUAGGACUGGAUGGCUUUGGAGCAGAGAUUGCCAAAAAUAUUAUUCUGGCUGGAGUCAACAGUAUAACGUUUCUGGAUCAUAGAGAUGUAACAAAAUUAGACAGAUGCUCGCAAUUCUUUGCGCCAAAAGACGAUGUUGGAAAGAAUAGAGCCGAAGCUUCGUUAGCAAGGGCACAAAAUCUGAACCCCAUGGUUAACGUCACCGCAGAUGUGGACAAGGUUGAUGCCAAGCCGGAUGAAUAUUUCACACAGUUUGAUGUGGUAUGUGCUACUCACUGUACUAUCACGCAAUUGAAAAGAAUCAAUCGAGUGUGCAGAAACCAUAAAGUCAAGUUCUUCGCUGGUGAUGUAUGGGGAGCACUUGGUUAUUCGUUCGCGGAUCUAUUGGAACACGAAUAUGCAGAGGAUGUUGUACAAACGAAGAAAGUAAAGAUACUGGAGGGUGGCGAGCCUAUGGGAAAAGAAAAGUUUGAGAGCAUAACCGUUACUGAAAAGCACACCGAUACGUUUGUACCUUUCGAAUUUAUUUUGAAUGUUCCUAAAGUAUCAUUGCCUAAGGAAUCGGAGAUCUACUAUAUGAUGCUAAUAAUGUUAAAUUAUCGCGAAAAGAACGGCGACGAUCCACUGCCUGAUGAAAGGGGUUGUGAAAAUUUGAAGAACGAAGCUUCCGCGAUUAUUAAGAAAUACGAACUCGAAGAUAAGAUAGAUCACUUAGUAGAAAGCGAUUUGUAUGCGCAAAUCAGUCCAGUUUGCGCUAUCAUUGGUGGCGUCAUGACACAGGAAAUAAUCAAAGCAGUGUCGCAAAAGGGAACACCGCAUAAUAACUUAUUUGUAUUUAAUCCAGAUACGCUGGGCGGAAAAAUUUUGAAAUUGGGCCAAUAACGUUCAUCAAAUUAUCUGGCUAUUUUCUAAUUCCUAUUGUCAUUGACAUACUGUGAAUAGUAUGUUAUAUUCAUCUUUUUCAUCCUUUUUAUACGCAAAAAGAAACAAGUAUUUAACUUUAUUGUCAAGAAAUACACAGUGAUAUUUGAAAAUAAAGCUUUCUUUUUUACUUGUAA